AUGAAUACUUUAGCUCCUCAACAAGAUAGUUCAAAGUCAAAGUGCCUACGACUUAAUCCUGAACAAAUGGAAGUAUGUCAUUUGGUAAGAGAUCUAGGAAUUCGACCAAUGAUUUGGAAGUUUCAUCCAAGUAAAAGAGAUGAAAUUCGUCGAGCUUAUCUUAAAGCUGGACCAAAUCAACCAAUACUUGAUAAUUAUCCAUUCUCGAGCGAUACAAGUCGUCAUCGUCGUUUUCAAGCUUCUUGGUUUGAAUUAUACCCUUCAUGGUUAGAAUAUUCUAUUGAAGAUGAUGCUGUAUAUUAUUUACCAUGCUACCUAUUUGCUAUAGAAUCUUCAAUCAACACAGGUUCAAAUGCUUUCAUUGAAAACGACUUCAGGAAUUGGAAGAAGUUAAUACUGAUGGUUGCUUCAACGGAAGUACGUCAAAUUCAUGAGUUUUUCACACAAUUAACUGCUAUUGUCAGUAUUGUUGGUACAUCUUGCAAACGAUAUGAUCAACUACAAGAAGCUCAAGAAAUUGAAAAUGCAAAAUUGAUUGCCAAUGAUGAGCUAGAAAUAGGUCAAGCUACUCAUACCGUUCUUAAUAACAUUAUUGAUGGUACAACUUCUGCUAAAAAAUGUGAGGCUUAUGGUGUCAACAAAGGAUUACUAAUAUUUUGUGCCAAGCAUUACAACAAAAUCCCAAGACAUUUUGAAUGCAUUCAUGUUGUUUCCACAUCAAAACUACUUCUUAAAAAAUUGAGGGAUAACGGUUGGUGCAAUUUACUUGAGAUUGUUAAGAAAUUUUGUGAGAAACAUGAAAUUGACAUCCCUGAUAUGAGUACACAAUACACGAUUGGAAGAGGUCGAUCUUGUCAACCAAAGAUAACAAUCAAGCAUCAUUAUCGAGUAGAUGUGUUUUUGGCAGCAAUUGCCUCUCAAAUUCAAGAGUUAAAUAGUAGAUUCAAUGAGGAAACCAUGGAGCUUUUGACUUUAAGUAUUGCCUUAGACCUUAAAGAUAAUUUUAAGUUGUUUAAUAUUCAGAAUAUAUGUAAGUUGGCUGAAAAAUUUUAUCCUUCAGAUUUUUCUGAUUAUGAAAGGAUUCUUUUGAAUGCUCAAUUGCAACAUUAUGCAUUUGAUAUACUGAAUCAUCUAAAAGAUGUUGGGACACUUUCUGAGUUAUGUAAAAGAUUGAAAGAAACAGGAAAAUUAAAAACUUAUCAUUUGGUUGAUAGACUGAUUUGCAAUGUCUUGACUCUUCCAGUAUCUACAGCAACAACAGAAAGAGCUUUCUCGGCAAUGAAAAUUUUUAAAACAAGGCUUCAGAGUAAAAUGGCAGACGAAUUUCUUGUAGAUAAUUUAGUCAUUUGCAUUGAGAAAGAAAUUGCAGCUACUUUCAGUACAAAUUCAAUAAUAGAUGACUUCGAAUCAAGGAAAAAACGUUAG